CGGUGUUUCCUAUUGGCUGAUUGACUCGCCGCGCCAGUUGAGCCUGGAAAUUGCGCCAUAGUUAAAUUGCGAAAAACUUUGUUUUUUUUUUGCAGAGUUUGUGGUGAAUGUUGACGAACGGUGGCGAGUUCGCGUCAAAUACUAAAUAUUUAAGUAACUUUAGUUGAUGUCGGAUAGAGCAGGUUAUGAUCUUUUCGUGAAAGUAAAGUGGAAGCUAACGUAGCUAGCUAGAGCGUUUUCCGUUAACGGCACCGGGUUCGCGUUGCUCAAUCGGUCACAGCUGCCAUGAGCCUUCCGGUGAAUCUGCAGGCUUUGCCGAGCCGUGUUCUCCACGAGGUUUUUAGUCCGGAGACUGUAAGAGGAAGAUCCUAUCCCACUUCACUGAGCUUUCCCAAAUCCAGAUCAGCUCUGUGGGACAGCAGCCCUGCAGGAGACAGGCUGUGCCUGCACCUCUGCUCUAACAGGAAACCUCGGUUGUUGCUGCUAGAGAAGGCCCUGCGUCUGGCCCAGCGUCACCUUCGUCACAACCACAAACCUCAGCUUUACGGUUUUUUCCUGGGAUCAGUGUCUGUCGACUCAGAUGAGGAGGGGAUCACUGUAAAUCUGGACCGAUUUGAUCCAGGUCGUAAGCAGACCUCUGGGACGGUUCCCUCUGCUAUGCUUCCUGGAGAUAUCCUAGUUCCUUGUCUAUUCACCACUCAGACUCAGGGGAUGUAUGAUUCUGUCAUCCAAUCAGAUGCCGAGCUCCAUCACUGCUUCAAGGCAUUACAGCAGUUUUUGAGUGGCAGACAGCCACUGGAUCUCUCCCAGCUGUUAAGGUUCAAAGGUCGAGUUGUCUGCUCUCAGCUGUCUGAUGGUGCAGCAUUCUGCCUCAGCUGGUCAGCUGUCUGUCCCUCUGUCAGCUUGGAUGUUCAGCCGGUCCGAGCCAUUCCCAUCAUUCCCACAGCUCUGCUUAGGAGUCUGAUGAACAUCGACCGGCCACUGCGGCUGACAUUCAGUCAGCAGAGAGGGUUUCUGACCAUGGACCAGACCAGAAAGCUGUUCCUUUUGCUGGAGUCUGACCCCAAAGCUUCUACUCUGCCGCUGGUCGGACUCUGGCUAAGCGGAGUCACGCACAUCUACAACCCUCAGGUGUGGGCCUGGUGCCUGAGGUUCUUGUACAGCUUUUCCCUUCAGGAAAGAGUGCUUUCUGAGAGCAACUGCUUCCUCCUCGUUGUGUUCGAGUCGACCCACAGAACUCCCCAGUUCUUUCAGUGUCGAGUACCCCAAGUUGGACCAGUGCCACAGCUGGGCUACCAGCUGCUCACUGCGUUUCAGUCUGUCACACUCUAUCAGGUGUCCUCAGUGGACAAUCUGCUGCAGUGUGAACUGGGUUCAGAUGGUCACAGCAGACAGAUGGAGGUGUUUACUGCUGCUCUUUGCUCCUUCAACAGCCCCCCACCAGCUGCUGGCCUGUCUGUUAGUGAUCAGGACUCUGGAGUCGAGGAUGAGGACCUUUCUCCACGACCUUCCCCGAGACCACAUGUCGCCGCUCAGCAGACUCUUCAGCCAUCUGUGCCGGAACUCUCUCUGCUCGUCGACAGCAGCUUCACCUCCAAACAUCUCACCAACUCCCACAUACCUCCUCCUCCUGCUGACAGGAAGCUCGCUACUGCAACUAGAAACACCUUCACCACCACAACAACUUUCUCAGCUCUGUCACAUGCUUCUCCUCAUCAUCUCCACAGUACCCCUAAUUCUAACCUGCAACAGCCCUGCACCAGCUGCUCCACCCAGGCCUAUGACUGCAGCCCCAUAUUCCCCUCUCCAGGGUUCCAUCUUGCUGAUGCUCCACCUUCCAGUUUCCAAUCUGUCCAUGCUACACCUUCAGGCCUCAACCUGAGGGCUGCUCCUCCAUUGCAUCACCAAACACCACUUAUUUUUUCACAAAGCCAUCUAACUUCCUCUGAUCAAGCUCUUUCCACUCAGGGUAUUUCUACGUUCUCCCAGAUCUCUGCUGAUCCUCUAUCCACUUGCCAACUUACUCCUUCAUCUUUCAAGCACUUUACUCCCUCACUUGCCCAUAAGCCUUCUGCUGCGUUCUCCACCUGCCAUAGCAUUCCUCCUGCAUCCACACUCCUCCCACCUCCUGUUGUGGAGGGUAGUGACCCCCCCCCUCUUCAGUCUUUCAGUCCAGGAGACUCUCUGUCUCCCCUCUGUCUCCAACACCCCCCCUGUGGGAAUCAGUGCUGUCAUCAGGCAGGGGGAGAUGCACAGCCUGACACUUACCAGCUCCUCCUCCACCAGGAUCAACAGCUGCGACUCUUGCAAUCUCAGGUUCAGAUGCUGCUGGAGGCUCAGAGAAAACUUCAGUCCUCCAGUCAGCAAGACACUCAGGCACCCAGGAGCAUGGCCAGCAUUGCUGUGGGCACAGGUGCCAGCUUGUUCUGGGCACAUUCAGACCAGGCUCUCCCUCAUGAAGUACAGACUCCUUGUCCCUCCUCAACCCCACCUCCCCCAUCUUCCUCCUCCACACAUGAGCUAUCCGUUAGCAAUCCUGUUGCUGAAGCUGAGGAUGAUAUCAUAGGACCAGUGGAUCCUUGUUCCGUCUCCAGGAUGCACAGCAUCAGCAGUCUGCAGAGUCCUGUCCUGGGAGAAAGUGUGAGCAUGUACAGACCUGUAGAUGAGCAGCAGAGCUUUUACCACAACCUCAUGACUCAGCUGACCAGUCGUCUCCAGGAGGAAAUGGAGGACAAUAAGUCAGACAGGACGAGUCUGACUGUAAUUUCUGACCCGUCCCAGGCCUGUCAGAUGCCCUCUGCAUCCAGGAGGAAGGAAUGGAGUUCUGUAGAGGACCCAGUGGUUAUUGCCACCAUGAGGCAGCUGCAGCAGCUCGGAGUCGAUGUGGAGGAAGAAGCUUUGACAGAGUCUAACAGAAACAGGGUUCGAACUGUACAGAGCAGCAGCACCCUGGCGUGCGUCAACCCAGCGGCUGUUGUUUCCAGACUGAGUAUUUCAGACAUGAUGGUCAGUUCUCGCCUACCUGGAGAAAGCGUGGAUCUGAGCCUGGAGGCUAAUGCCAUUGCCUUGCGUUACCUGAGUGACUCUCAGCUCAGCAGAUUGUCCCUGGGAUGCCCCAACACCCGACCGGCCCUCUCCUUCUCAAGCGACUCCUUGCUGUCACCUUGCAAUAUGUCUCUGGCCACCAGGAAGUAUUUGAGGAAGUAUGGCCUAAUUGAGGAGGAGAAUGAAAAUGAGCAGGAGAUGGCCAAAGUUCAGGAGGCUUCUGGUCGUCAGCCACUCACUGAAACUCUAAAUGUGAAGUUUCUUCCACAGAGUCAUCUGAUCAGAGACCUGCAGCCGAAGCUGCAGCUGUUAGUUGAAGAUGCAAAAAUGAACUGUGGCAAAGAUAAAGAGAACAAUUCCAGCAGACAGACAUCUUUAGUGAAGGCGAGCAGCCGCCAGACGGAGGGAUCCGUCGGUAACCUCCUCGACCUGAGCCGCCUCAGGCAGCUGCCCAAACUUUUCUGACUCUGCUUCUUGGCUGUUCCUGGGUCAGUCUUGUUCCCGAUGGACAGGCUCGGGUUCUGCUUUUAAUGUCUUUUUCUUUUCUUCUUUUUUCAACGCUUGGACCAACGCUUGGACCCCAUCCUGAGUGGAUGUCACACUCCAAACAGCUGUGACUUCAUGAUGCCCCACAGCACAAUCUGUCACUCUUUCACCUCUAAUACUACUUGACUACUUUGUGUGUAGUUUUGCAUUAUGUGAAUUGUUUUUUCAUGUGUUUUAGCUAAAAUCUAUUUUGCACAGAUUAUUUAUGAUUCCACAAAUAAAACCCUUAAUAGAAUAACUUGAGUGUUUGAGAAUAUCUUCUGAAAUGUCAGCUGUUUGGAUGAAAGUGUUUCAUAAAAUUUUAUUUUUACCUUUUUAUACAAAAUAUUGGAUAAUGGCAAUAUUCUUUUUGUUAAGAAGUUUAAUAAGGUGUAAUCCUUCUGGAGCAAGAAGAACUCUGUCUGGAGUCGAAAUGAAACACAAAAACAUCCUACAAAAAGGAAAGAUUUGAUUCCACAGUUUAGGGGAUCCGUGUUGUAGCAGAUUCAAAUUAAUACUGUAGUUCGAUAUUAAUGCAGAAACAUUAUUAUUCCUUGAAAUUGGGGCACCAGGUAUGUUUUAAAGCUGA